AGCUGUCGUUGGAUGCAGGGGGAAAAACGAGCCUUUACAUGGAGGUUAACGAUGUACAAAAGCACUAUGGAAAAGGAACGGGCAUGAACCCGCCAUUCACGGACUUCCAAAUCUCAGGCGGCUGGUUUGACUACGCAGUUUGCUUCACCGAGAAGAUACCAUCCGGGAAGCAGCCAAGAUCUAUGGCACCGAUCAUCUCUAUAUAAACUUCUUUCUCCCCGAUGACAGUCAGAACACUCUACACGACGAAGAGCAUUGGGUUGGUCAAUACCAAACCGACUCUGAGAAUGCUCCCGAUAAGGUGUGCUUGAAGGGAACUCAUUGUGCUAUACUAGCAAAGCCAACUGAACAACGCUUAGGAGCAGGGCACGAAGCCAAAGCUGCAGGAGGAGACUAGUUGAG